CUUAUUUUUCCCUAUAUAUAUACAGAGAGUAAAUUCCCUAACACUCUAAUUUGAAAUUAGAUACGAAAAUGAAUAAAAAAACCUAUUAUUAUUGAUUUAUAGUGACGUCACACUGUUAUAUUUGAUAAAAAUGUGUGUUUGAUUAUAUUAUUACACAGUCGUGACCGGGUCAUAUGUGUGACAAGAUGAAAUUGACAGUGAUUUUGAUUGUCUUGGUUACUCUACUCGAUUUGAGUCGGGAAGAGGAAAUUAAAGGUCCUUGUGAUCUUCCGAUUCUGAGCGGCAUGUGUUUCGGAUAUAGAGAAGUGUAUGGCUACAAUGUUACAAGAAACAAAUGCGCUAAAUUUAUAUAUGGAGGAUGUAUGGGAAAUGAUAACCGGUUUGACUCCAUUCAAGAAUGCGAGAGUAGUUGUUUGAAGAAAGAAAUAGAAGAAGACAAGGAUGAUUAAAGAUGUAACAUUACAGACAGGAAAUUAUGAUAUUUGUAUUGUAUUCUGACAAUUAUUAAUUUUACCUAUUAGUAUUUAAUAUUAUUUAAUAAA